UUAGCAUCUGAAAAUGUCGGCCGACUCCCAGCGCAGCCGUUCAAUGGCGUCCUCGGGUGAGGGCGGCACCAACGUGGUGCGCUGCAUGCCCACCAUCGUACCACCGCAGGCAGUUAGCGACCGCUCGAUCAUCGACAGUGUGGCCGGUUUUAUCAACGACGUAACGCUCCAGGCACAGGCACCGCUAGGCGACAGCAAGGAUCACAUACUGUGGGUGCGGUUCGAAAAUGCGGCCGACAUUAGCGAUCCCUGCCUCGGUGACGAUUGGGAGCUGGAGGGUGGCAUUGCGCCUCCAUUGCUGCUGAUUUUGGGUUAUGUGAGCGGUGUACAGGUGUGGAUCGUACCGGCGAACGGUGAAGCGAUUGAGGUACUGUCAUGGCGUCAUGGCAGUGUGAAAUGUUUGCGCGUGCUACCAACACCGACGACCGGUGAUCGUGACUCAGCCACGGAACCGACCGAUCAAUUCACACACAAGCGUCCCUUAAUAGCGCUGUGCGAUAGUGGGCUAGGCGGUGCCAGCGCCAGUGCGGCUGCCUCGAACGGCAGCUAUCAGUAUUGUGCGGUCAACUUCGUCUCGCUCAAGGACGGCGAAACGGUGAAGAGCAUCAAGUUCAAGAGCAUCAUCGUAGACAUCCUGGCGAACCGGUCCUCGAUCGUGGUCACGUUUCCGGAGCGUAUCGCUGUGUUUGAUGCGCGCACGCUGGAGGACCGUCUCACCGUAACGACCUGCCAUCCGAGUCCGGGCCUGAAUCCGAAUCCGGUCGCACUAGGUUCCCGCUGGAUUGCGUACGCCGAACGACGCCUCAUCCCGUCCAAGCGAUCGAGCGGUGGCUGCGAAGGCGACGGUGUAACGAGCUACACGGCCACGGUGCUAAAUGCGGCCAAAAGCUUCGGCAAAGGGUUGCGCGAGCUUGGUGAGCAGGUGGCGGCUGGCUUAACCGGUAGUCAUCUGGGAUCGAGUCUCGGUUCCAGCUUGGUGGGUGGUGGUGGCAGCAGUUCCAUGUCCGGUGGUGUUGGUGGCGUUGGCGGUCUGCAUUCCGGAAGCAAUACCGGUUCGGCAAAUGAUGUGAGCGGCAUUUUGGGUGGCAGUGGAGGAGGCGUCGGCGAUCAGGGUAAUCAGCCGGGCAUAGUGACAGUGCUGGACAUUAAGCACCCGGUAAAGGACGUAAGCCCAACCACCGGCACACCAAUUACGGCGAACGGUAGCGAUCCGAUUGUGGCCCAUUUUCUUGCCCAUUCGGAAGCGAUAGUGGCGUUAGCAUUCGAUGCACCCGGCAUGUUGCUGCUAACGGCGGACAAGCGUGGCCAUGACUUUCACGUCUUUCGGCUGCAUCCGCAUCCGAGCGGUGCAUCGCUGGCUGCCGUGCAUCAUCUGUAUGUGUUGCAUCGGGGGGACACGACGGCCAAGGUGCAGGAUGUGGCCUUCUCGCUCGAUUCGCGAUGGGUCGCCGUUUCGACGUUGCGCGGUACUACGCACGUGUUUCCCGUCACACCGUACGGUGGACCGGCCGGAGUGCGGACGCACGGUUCACCGCAUGUGGUGAAUCGAUUGUCCCGGUUUCACCGAUCGGCCGGCCUUUCCAUCGAUGGACGGUCGAGCAGUCCGGUUUCGCACUCGAGCGAGGGUGGAACCGGUGCUAACCAUGUACCUACUGCCAUGGCGUACGCAAACCCUCGAACGCCUCCCUUCCCACACCCGACCGUGGUACAACCGCUCGCACAGCUAAGGCAACCAUCGCAUCUGCUCGGUAGUGGCGCAGGAGGAGGCAGUAACAUGGGCGUUGGGGGUGGAUGCGGAUCGGUAGCGGGCAAAACGAUGGGCAGCGGUGCGCAUCACACGAGGCAACGAAAUUCGUCCUCCUCGUCGUCGGACGAUCUUAUGAAACCGUUGCGUGUGUGCGCCAGCUUUGCGAAGGCUCGCUCGUGGUUGCUCGAUCCGCCCGGCUGUGUGGUGCGCGAUACACCCGCCCAUCGCAUCCAGCGCAAACCGAUCGAUUCGUUGUUCAUCAUGGCGGCCCAUGGUGCUCUGAUACAGUACGAUCUUGAGCCUAAACAUGCGUCCGGAACACCGAAGGAGAAAAUCUGCGAUGACACACCCAUCGAACUAGAGGUGGAGGCAAAGGCUCAAUGGUGCCUACAACGACAAGAAAAUUCUUCCACCGGUGACAUUCAACCGCCACUCUCGUUGGACAACUGGCUCAUAAAGGACCGGUUUAUCGAGGACGGUGUUGGCCGAACGGAUGGUGCUGGUUCGAUACAGGACUACGAUCGCUUGCAGCAACAUCCACACCAUCGUGGCAGCACGGGUAACAUCUCGGUAGAUCACGACGAUCGGUGGUUGUCGCAGGUGGAAAUCAUAACGCAUGCCGGACCACACCGUCGUUUGUGGAUGGGUCCGCAGUUUAUGUUUAAAACAUACAACACACCGAGCGGCUCUCCAUUAUCCUCCAUCGACACAGAAGCGGUGGAAAUAUGUACCGGCAGUGGUAGCGGCGGCAACGUGUUUAACCGCUCACUACAACGGUCCAACCCGAUGAAUAUGCCUUUAGUUGGAGGUAUGAUGAGGCCCUUGGUACCCGUACUCAUUGAAUCAGGAUCAUGUAGUAGUUACGAGCAAAGCCCGCGCAUGAUGAACAUGAACGAGUUUCGGCACCAUGAAAAUUUGGACACCGAAUUUUCAUCCCUCGGACCGGUGGAAUCGCAGUUGCGCGAAGAUUUGGCCGACGCGAUGCGUGAAUCGCCCCUGAUCACGACCGGAAAGGAUGCGACAGGCAACCACUUGGGAUCUGGCUCGGCGUGUGGUGGCACCGGUAUGGGCGCAGGACAUCCACCAACACACCACUCUUCGGCAGCAGCAAAUCAGCAUGCACAGACAUCGAUCACCACCAGCACCACCACCGGUCUUUCGUCCGUGUCGUCCUGUUCGUCCACAUCGAUCUAUUCAUCUACCCAUUCGCUGAGCUCGAUCUGUGACCAGCAGCAUCAGCAACUACUUCAGCAGACCCAACAGCAGCAACACUACCAGUGUGGUGGCGGUAGUGGAUGUAAGGUAGCCGGUGGCACCGGCGGGACCAGCGAAGGUGGCGAUGCUGUUGGAUGUUUCUUUGAAUGUAAGCAGCCGCCAUUGUUUGCUAGCAGCGGUGACAGUAGUAGCAACAAAGCUAGUGGAUUAGUUAAGAAAAAUGUUGGUAUUGUUCAAGCGAGCGUGCAGCAUCAACAUCAGCUGCACCAGCAUAAUUAUUAUCCUGACCCUUCCAGACCAGAUUCGGGUGCUAGCGGGCGUAAUGUGUAUCAUCACGGUGGUGGUAGUAGUAGUGGCAUCACAAUCGCCAAGGUAGUGAAUCCGCUCGGCACGGUCACCACGAUCAGUACCGUUGGCGGUGGUGGAGGUGGUGGUUCUGCCGGGCCCGACAGCAUCGAGUCGGAUGAUUUUAUGCAGGAAUGUGUCGAAUCGUAUCUGCACGAAAAUUGCGACGAGGCACUAUUUCGUCCUGUCGUUACCGUGCAUCACGAGAACGUAUGUGCUACCAAACUGCCGGCUGCACAAGAGCUGGAUACGGUAGAGAUGCGUUCCGGACGCUAUCGUGGUUCCUCGUUAGAUCGUACCGGAUGUAGUGUUGAAGCGUCUGGCAAGGCAAGAUUAAUGGCUGGAGGUGGAUGUGAAGAACGGCCCCUCAGUCAACCAGCCUCGCUAAUUGGCCGUGAUUUAAUCGUACCGGUAAUCGAGGAAAAGAAUAUGCCCUAUUUCACCAGCAGUGCCGGCGGAGGAAAACAACGCUCAAAGGUCCAACAGUCUGAUGCCGAUGUGACGCGACGAUCGCACGCUGUUGAGACUUCAGUGCAAUCGAAGCAUGAAAAACCGCGCGCACGAAAGUUAUUGGCAAGUAAGGAUGAAAAGGAAAGAAGCGAUUCAGCCGAUACAAUCCGUUCGGAAUUGGAAUCAGACUUCACCACGAAGCUCAAUAUGGCUGACCCAUCGCUCGGGAAAGCAUGUGAUGAGUUUGAAACUAUAGAAUUACCCGUGGCGGAUAGCGAUCCACUGGAACACGACGCACUAACAUUAAAGCAAGAUAGUAAAACUGCAUCGAAAGGUCGAAAGGACGAAGAUGGAGGAGCACACACAAAAAGUCAUCCGAACACAAGCGCCACCACCGCCGGUUCAAAGAAAAGCAAAGACAGGAAGAUGGUUCCGGCACCUGACGUCACUAUCUCCAGUUCAGCAACGAGCGAUCGUAACGAUAAGAAGGAUUUCAGUAACAUGCGAAGUACUACCGUCGUGCAAGAAAAAAAGAGCACCGGAAAUCCUGGGAACGACAAACGAAAUAACAAACGGCUAGCCAACGCCUCCAAGGGCAACACGAAAGAUAUCAAAAGAGAGAAGGAAUUAUCGAUCGCAACGAAACGAUCGGCCUCACCGGUAGUGGUGAUGAUGCCGGAUGCCGACCAAUUAUUACUGCCCCCGUUAGAGGCGCUCAAAAUUGACGAUCUAGAACUUUUCGGUGAUGACACUAACGUUCACGAAGCACCGGAAAUCGGCGUUAAAGUGAAAGAAUCCCAAGCGAAACAUCAGUCCAAAGUCACGCCAGAUCGCAAAGCUAAGGGAGAUGCACAAGAUGGUGAAGAGAGUGAGAAAUCGUUCGUGACUGGAAGAAGCUCAGUAUUGGAUACGUAUUAUGAUCCCAUGGCUACCGAUGACAAAUACGAAGUGAUGGAAUUCGGUGAACCUUCGCACGCUGGUCCCGAUUUGGCAAAACUUCACACAGGUCCAGAGUCUGCGCAGUGUGUAGAAUCGGAGGAGAAAACUCUGAUCAGCUUCGAAAGUCCAUUGGUGGAACAUGCGACCGAACGUUCAGCAAGUGGGAGCGUUAAUCAGCAGGAGCAAAUGGUGGUCGAUAUGCAAAGUGUUUUUGCCGGCGGCAAUAUAAUGGUGGCUAUGUGCUCCAGCUUGCGGGAAGCAUCUCCAUCCGUUGAGCCAGAAUCGGAGGGAAAUGGUGGAGAGGAAGAAGGCGCCUCCCCGCUGUCCAGAACACGCAGCUCAAGUCAAUGUGUUUUGAAGCAGCUUUCGCUCGAAGGUCAGGAUUCGGAUUACAAGAGCUUGGAGCUAGACUUGGACAUGCAGUCGUCUGGUGUGGCAAAUAUGGGCAGCUCUUACAACCCCACGGCAGACACUACGACUACGAUCGUUAGCCUGCUGUCAUCUGGAUCGGAGGAUGAGGAAGACGUUACCACUAACUCCACAACCAACGACCAGGAAGAUGAUGCUGUUGGUGAUGAACCGCUGCUGGUGGAGGGAAAGGUAGCGGAAUCUGUAAAUAAGCUGUCGGAGCCGAGCAGUAAAAGGCGUCGACGCAAACGCACAAACACCUGUCAAACAAACACCAGCGCGACUGUCAAUCUGAACCUUACGAACACCACCAGCAACCCUACAACCGUCGAUGUGAAGGACGAUGAGGGUGAGGAUGAGGAAGAGCACGGCGAUGAAGAUGACGAAGAGCUACAACCGCUGAUAUCGAGCAACAAAACGUCCUCAUCGUCGCUUUCGGCUGCACCGACCACAGCCGCCACCAGCACGAAAAAGGAUUCGCUCACAUACGGCGAUGGGCCACUGCUUUCGGGCAUGGGCAACGAUAUAUCCGUAUCGCUUACAGCACUGCCAUCGGAAUGUGAAAGAUACGCCAAGUGUGACGAACCGAAGCAAUCCACGACGGAUGCCGAUGAUACUGCCAAGGGUUUGACAGCAAGCGUCGGUAGUGGUGGUGGUGCCGGUAGUAGCAGCAACAUCGGUCUCAGUACAAGCAUGAUCGUAUCUUCCAACACCGGAAAGAUGGUGGCCGGGGCGGCGACCACGGGCGGCGGUAUCGCGUCAGCGGGCGGCGGAAACGGCGGAAACGGGAAGAAAAAAUCGAAAAAGAAGCGAAAAUAAUUACUAGUGAAGCGAAUGAUGCUGUUGACGUGUUCGGCCGUAUCAUUGCUGGUUUUGUUUUUGCUCUCCUA